AUGGUCCGAGAAAGCAAGCUCUACGACACGCUCAACGUCAAACCGGAGGCCUCGCAAGAUGAAAUCAAGAAGGGUUACAGGAAAGCGGCACUGAAAUGGCACCCCGACAAGAACAAGGACAGUCCCAACGCCGCCGAGAAGUUCAAGGAGUGCUCUCAGGCGUACGAGAUUCUUUCGGACCCGGAGAAGAGAAAGAUCUACGACCAGUACGGCCUCGAGUUCCUGCUUCGCGGUGGCGCCGCCCCUCCACCUGACGCCGGUGCGGGCGGCAACCCUUACGGCGGCGCCGGAGGCAUGCCGGGCGGCUUCGACUUUGGCGGCGGCGUCCCCGGUGCUGGAGGUGCGCGCACCUUCCACUUCAGCACAGGGAACGCUCCCGGCGGCGGCGGCGGCGGCUUCGCCUUCAACAACGCCGAAGACAUUUUCUCCGAGUUCAUGCGGCAGCAACAAGGCACCGGCGCCGGCGCCGGAGACGACGACUUCCCCAACAUCUUCUCCUCCUUUGGCGGAGGCGCGGGUGGGCGUCCCGGCCGGACGAGGAUGCGCACCUCCGGGGGGGGGUUCAACGAUGCUCGGAAGCGCGAUCCCACGCCGGAGAUCACGACGGUCGAGCGGCCCCUCCCCCUCUCGCUCGAGGAACUGUUCAACGGCGUGACGAAGAAGAUGAAGAUCAAGCGCAAGACGUUUGACGAAUCGGGGAAGCGGGUGCAGACGGACCAAAUCUUGGAGGUUCCCAUCAAGCCUGGUCUGAAGAAGGGAUCGAAGAUCAAGUUCAACGGCGUCGGCGACCAGGUCGAGGGCGGGCGCCAGGACUUGCAUUUCAUCGUGGAAGAGAAAGAACACCCGCUCUUCAAGCGCGAGGAUAACGACAUCGUCCACACGGUGACGCUGGGCCUCAAGGAGUCCUUGACGGGAUGGAAUCGAACGGUGACGACGAUCGAGGGUCGACAGAUCCACCUCGACAAGGGAGGGCCGACGCAGCCUGGAAGCGAAGACCGGUACCCGGGGCUCGGUAUGCCGAUGACGAAGAAGCCCGGACAGCGAGGCGACUUUGUCAUCAAGUACAAGGUCAACUUCCCGUCGAGCCUGACGCCGGCUCAGAAGCAGAAGCUGCGGGAGAUUCUAUAG